CCAGUUUAACAGAGGCUUUAGAAACACUGUUUGCCAGCUGCCCCCACUAGGUAGCAGCAAAGACCGAGAAGACAGCAAAGAACAAUCCUUUCAAGAGGACAGCCUUGAGCUUUUUAAAUGUCAUAAUCCUGCUAUUUUUCUUUCUUUUUUCCCUCCUUUUUUAUGUUUUUAUCAUCAGUUAUCAUCAUUAGAUGAUGGUUCAUGUUUAUACAGUAGCAAUGGUGUGAUUCUCAUUUGUAUUAUUUCUGAUUUUCAAACAAAUGCUAGAUAAUAAAUCAAAUGUUUGAGAAAAAAAAAAGGUGGUUUUAAUUAAUUUCAUGCUAAAUAUUUAAUUUAUACCAGUGUAGUUGUAGAACUGCGAGUGUGGCCAUCUGUUAUGCUGUGCUCAUGUUUCUGCUGACACUGCACACAGUUCAGUUACACAUGCAGUAGUAACUAGCAGCAGUGGCAGAGGACUCAUUGCUGUAUGCAGCAUCCAGAAAGACUCUUUAAGAACCCCUCUUUGGUUUUCAUGCUGUUAAAUGGUACUUUGCUCUGUAGUAAAGCUGACAGCUGCUGUAAAACACUGCAUAAAAUGUGUUGUAUACUCUCUGCAGUGCAACAUAACAGAGAACUGCUGCAUUUACUGCAUGCAAACCGAUGCUUCUGCACAUAAAUAGCCAGAAUUCAAAUUAAAAUAUUAGAAUUUUCUUAAAACAAAAACAAAAUGCAAUUUAAUCUGAUAUUUCUCCACGAAUUAAAAACGCUCACACAAAUAUAAUCACAUAUAGUACAAGACUUUACUACCCACAAUGGUUUUUGAACAUUGUCUCUUUGUCCAUUUUUUUCUACUUUGGGUUGGCCCACUAUUUCCUUUAAUCUGCAGUCGGUGUGGCUUCUCACUGUUGGGAUUGCCCAUCGAUUGCACCAGUAGCUGCGAAAAAUGUAUGCAGUGUCUCAUUGUCACCACCAGAGGGUCCCCUGCUGAUCAUGUACAAUGCAGUCCCACUAAGCUGUUCUGCCUGCUGCACUGCCCAGUUUCUCCAUCCAUAUCCAGGCUGUAACUGCAACCCAGCAACUUGCUAAAUCUCCAGGAGACAAAGCUCUUCAGCAUCAUUGCAGUGCAACCAUGGCCACCAAGGAAUCAAUGUUUCCAGACCAAAGUGACUUUCACUAUGAUUAUGAGACACUGCGGACUACAGGGGUCAUCCUUGCUGUUGUAAUGUUUGUCUCUGGCAUUUUAAUAGCCCUGACUCCAGCUCGUCUGGUACGCAGAUUCCAAAGACAGAAGUUCCUCCUCCAGCUGUAUAGAAAAUGUAGCACAGGCUUGAAAAGGAAGAAUGACAUCACAGGACCUUCACUGGCAAACACAAACACAUGGGCUGUUUUCUUCCAAUGCCUUUUUGGCAAUUAUAGUAUACAUCUGUCAGCUGGAUUGUAACUAAGCUGGGUCAUCCAACAAAUCUUAACCUGAUCCCUACACUCCCAAUUAAUUUUGGUAAAGCUCUGAUAAAAAGGAUCCCUUCAAAGAGAGUCCUCUUAAUAGAACAAAUGAAGCAAAUGUGGUUUGUCUUAAAUAUAUUUUAUUUCUGUUGAACAAUAAAAUUGGCAGCAUGAGUAUAAAUCAUACAUUUCUCCAGUUUGCAUCACUGUAACUGCAUAAGAUUGCCUGUUGUGUCUUCCAUGAUCAUUUUAAAGAGAAGGUAGAGAACAUAGCUUAACAACACAAUAAAUAGAAACACUAAGCAUAACGAUCAUAAUCAUUUUGUAAUGCCUUAGAUGUCAAAACAGCUUUUAAAAAUAAAGUAACGACUAAAGUCAGAUUAAGGCAUUGAAAAAUUUUAAAUGUAGUUGGAAUUGUCCGCCUUCAAACAAAGAUUGUAUAUUGUUGAUGCUUAUAGGGCUUUAUACGUCAUUGAAGUAGUAUUACAGUAAUCAUAGUCAGGAGCUGCUUGGAAUGAAGUUAAUCAUGUGGUGAGAUAAUCUUUUUCUUUGUGCUAUUCAGAAAUGUCAAAGAUAACACACAAGUGACAGAGUUAAUGACAGUCAUCUAUGUGAUUAGGUUUUAUUAUUAUAUCAGUACAGGUAGGUGGACCUUGAAAAAUAAAUAGUUUCACUGCAUUUGUGAAUUACUACCUGACACAGCUCUUACAGUGGAAUGGUGUAUUUUCCAGCGUGCUCAUAUCUGUCACACUAAAUGUAAAUGGGACUGUUCAUAGUCUGUCCUCAAUCAUCAAAACAAUCUGAUGGAAACAGUGUUGUACUUUUACUCAUGACUCACUCAGAAAUAAAACGUACAGUGAAUCAGA